AUGCCAUUAAGUUAUGCCAAACUGAUGGUAUGCACUCUUUUGCUUGUAUGCACCUUCUACAAUGAUGUCAAAGCCCAGAUCAAUGGGUAUGAUUUCACGGCCUCCGGCUCAAUCCUAAGACCAUGGGGCGGUGGUUUGGGCGGUGGUGGCGGGUGGGGUCGAGGCAGAGGCCGCUGGGCCAAUCCAUUUGGCAGUUUCCGCAACGCCGGCAACCCAUGGUAUCGGUACACCAACGCGUUGGGUAUACUGUGA